UGGCUUCCGACUUUCCGCAACAUAGCAAGUGACACUCUGGUGCAUGCUUCGCCGCGGAGACUCACUGGUUUAUUUCAUAGCCCCUUUUUUUUCAGGAGGCCACACAUGUGUGAUAUAAAAAGCGAUCUGCGUCGAUGUGGUGGUGGAGGAAAUGUGUAUGCUAUAGUAAGGCAGUCCGCUCGCGGGGACACAUGAGAGCCACGAGUCAACACGAGGGAGUCAAACUGACUUUUAUCUUGUACCGAUCGUACUCCGCCUGGUUGUACUGCACGGAUCGUUAUCUAAACCCUGACUCGAACAAGACAUCAUUUAUACAGGUGCGUACCGACACUUUUGAAAAGCCUCUCUCCCCUGCACACUCACCUUGGCCUUCCCCUCAGUCAAAAGCUUACCGUGCUUCACAUCUCUCGCGUUCCCGCUGCAACCAGAAAGAGAUGGAAUUCGAAGACGAACUCGUUACCCUCGAACUGAAACGGUUCUCGAAACAUACGCGCCAGUGGCGUCGCACUUCUAGAGACUCGCAAGACGACAUCGAAUUAUCGCCGCCAAGCUCAAUCCGGGUAUUAUCCUGGAACAUUGACUUUAUCGGAGAUAAGCCCGAAGCACGCAUGCAGGCGGCGUUGUCGCAUAUUCAAAACGAGGUUUUUGCGAGCGAAGACGGUCAGAAACCGGCGCCUUGUUGCAUUUUGCUACAGGAAGUAUCCUCUGAGGCUUUCCCAGUCCUACUGAAAAACCAGUGGGUCCGGAAGCAUUUCAUGGUGAUACCCACCAGCGCAGACGAUUUUCCCAAUGGGACGUACGGAGUCGUCACGCUCGUAUCCAAAUCCAUUCCAGUCAGCAAGGCGCAAUCCUUGAUAUUCGGCAACUCAGCAAUGGGCCGCAGCGCGCUCAUGGUCGAUGUGAAGCUUUCCCUGCCCAACCCCACGGCAAAGGCUGAAAAUGGAGGCUCUCGUUCGAGUGAAGAAAGCGAGAAUUUACCGACCGUGACAGCGCCUAGCCUCAUUACCUUGCGCCUUGCGAAUACCCACUUGGAAUCUCUUCCAACUGGCGUUGCUGCUCGUCCUGUUCAAUUGGCAAACAUCGCGUCUUUGCUCAAAGAGGACGGUUUGCAUGGAGGAAUAGUAUGUGGGGAUAUGAAUAUCAUUAGAGAGAGCGAUCUACACAUACAUGAAGACGCCGGAUUACUGGACGCGUGGACUGGGGAAGACGAGGAGGAGGGAUUUACCUGGGGUUUCCAACCUCCUUGCCAAUUCGCACCUGGACGACUAGACAGGGUGUUUUACACCAGUGCUUGUCAGGAAAAAUGCGAAAUCUCGCAGCCGGAGAGGGUUUGUAUUGGCUUGAAGAGGAACGGGCGAUGGGUGACCGAUCACUAUGGACUCCUGACUACUGUUAGCGUAAAAGAUGAGAAGUCCUAACGUAAGUACCUGCGAGUAAUAGCACUUGGUAGAAACCUUUAUGUGACAUACUCAAUUCCUACGCGAUUAUCUAUUGGCUGCUGAGAGUCCGUUCGCGACAAUGGAAUGUAGUUUGACCACGUCUUGACGGCAAAAUGUUCAGUCAGUCU